CCUGCCCUCCGAUAGCACGAAGGAACAUCCGCGCGAUAUAUACUGACAGUAGACUCAGACUGUGCGUCCCGACUGCAGCUAUCACUUUCAGAGUCGCUCAGGAUGUCGUUCAGCAAGCUAGGCAGUGGUCUCCGUGCAUUCGCCCCGGCGUCCCGAUGCUGGCAGUCUCGGGCGCUUGCUACUCUCGCGGAGGACGUCAAGUCCGACACUACCUUUCGGAUCCCUCUCAUCGACUUCAGCAAGUUCCGCGCAGCGACUUCGCUGUCAGAGAAGAGGCGCACCGCGGAUGAGAUUGUGAGCGGCUUCAAGGAGGUCGGCUUCAUUUACCUGGACAAGCAUGGAAUCCCGGACAGCACAGUCAAGCAUACGUUCCAGAAGAGCGCUGAGUUUUUCAAACUCCCUGCAGAAAUGAAAGACAAGCUUGCUUGGGAGGACCCACGCGCCAACCGUGGAUACGUCAAGAUCGGCCGCGAGCGCGUCACACAGUCCGCUGACGCAAAUGAGAUCGCCGAGCUCCGCGCCAAAGCCCCCGACUUCAAGGAGACGAUGGAAAUUGGCCGCGACUGGGAUAAGACAUGGAAGAAUCGCUGGCCGGAGGAACGCGCCGCUCCCGACUUCCGCGAGACCAUGCUGCAUUUCUUCCAGACUUGCCACGACUUGCACUCCCUCGUCAUGCGCGCGAUUGCGAUCGGUCUCGACUUGGAAGAGACGUUCUUCGAUGACAAGAUCCACGAGCAGUAUCAUAAUCUCCGACUGCUGAGCUACCCGCCUAUCAGGAGGCAUCUACUUGAGCAGGACGGGCAGGCACGCGCUGGUGCCCAUUCUGACUAUGGCACCCUGACACUUCUCUUCCAAGACUCGGUUGGCGGCUUGGAGGUACAGAAUCCGCAUACCAAGCAAUACCAGCCCGCGACACCUAUCCCCGGCACCAUCGUCAUCAACGCCGGUGACCUUCUCGCGCGCUGGAGCAACGACGUCCUCCGCUCGACGCUCCACCGCGUCGUCGCGCCGCCUGCCAAAAAGAUCAGCGAGACCGAGUCCAUCACGCCCGCCCGGCAGUCCAUCGCCUUCUUCUGCAACCCGAACCAGGGCGCGCGCAUCGAGUGCCUGCCGACGUGCACAGCGGCCGGCAAGGCGAAGUACUCGCCCGUGACGACGGAGCAGUACAUCGUGCGCAGGUUGUCGGAGACGUAUACUUGAGUUGAGGGCGGGGCCGAGGUGUAGUGAUGCUUGCUUGUGUAUGCCAGUGGGAAUGCUGUAUCUGUACGGGUUGUUCUUUCUUAGGAGAUCAUUGUGGGUUUGCGAAUGUGACGCCGAUGGCAACUUAUUCAGCG